AGGUUUGUAUUGGAGAUGCCCUCCAGGAUGCCUCCUACCCUGUGCUCGAGGGGAAGGGGGAAGGUGAAAUACCCUCCAGUGUCCCUGCUCAGAUCAUCCCUGGAAGGAGACUUUUCUGUACUUCACAUUUGGCAGGCAUUUGAGUCCUGGUGCAUAGCAGUGGUAGAGGCUGUUCAUCGAUUGGAUCUCAUCCUUGGUAAUAAGGCAGCGUAUCAAGAAGUGUUCAAGCCAGAGAACAUCAGCUUGAGGAACAAGCUGCGGGAGUUGUGUGUGAAGCUGAUGUUCUUGCAUCCAGUGGAUUAUGGAAGAAAAGCAGAAGAACUGCUUUGGAGAAAAGUUUACUAUGAAGUUAUCCAGCUCAUUAAAACAAAUAAAAAGCACAUUCACAGUCGUAGCACUCUGGAGUGUGCGUACCGGACUCACUUAGUUGCUGGCAUAGGAUUUUACCAGCACCUUCUCCUCUACAUUCAGUCUCACUAUCAGCUAGAGCUGCAGUGCUGUAUUGACUGGACGCACGUAACGGACCCUCUAAUAGGCUGCAAGAAACCUGUGUCUGCAUCGGAGAAGGAGAUGGAGUGGGCACAGAUGGCAUGUCACAGAUGUCUGGUUUAUCUGGGAGAUCUAGCUCGCUAUCAGAAUGAACUGGCAGGUGUGGACACAGAGUUGCUGGCUGAGCGGUUUUACUAUCAAGCCCUUUCUGUUGCACCACAAAUUGGCAUGCCCUUUAACCAGCUGGGGACAUUGGCAGGGAGCAAAUACUACAAUGUGGAAGCUACCUAUUGCUACUUACGCUGUAUCCAGUCUGAAGUGUCCUUUGAAGGUGCCUAUGGGAACCUGAAGCGACUGUAUGACAAAGCAGCCAAAAUGUAUCAUCAGUUGAAGAAAUGUGAAACCAGGAAGUUGUCUCCAAGCAAGAAGCGAGGCAAAGACAUUAAGAGGUUGCUGGUGAGCUUUAUGUACCUGCAGAGUCUUUUGCAGCCAAAGAGCAGCUCUCUGGAUUCUGAGCUGACAUCUCUCUGCCAGUCUGUGCUGGAGGAUUUCAACCUGUGCUUGUUCUACCUGCCCUCUCCUCCUAAUCUGAGCUCAACUAGUGAAGAUGAAGAAGAGUAUGAGAGUGGCUACUCCUUCCUUCCUGAUCUCCUGAUCUUUCGCAUGGUGAUCAUCUGCCUUAUGAGUGUUCACAGCCUCAAGAGGGCAGGUUCAAAGCAGUACAGUGCAGCCAUCGCUUUCACGCUGGCCCUCUUCUCUCACCUGAUAAAUCACGUCAAUAUUCGCCUGCAGGCAGAGCUAGAAGAAGGGGAAAAUCCAGUCCCAGCCUUUCAGAGUGAUGGCACAGAUGACCAGGAGCUGCGGGAGCCAUUGAACUCAAUUGAGAAGGAAACUGAAGCUGAUUUGGCCAAUCAUCAGCCCAGUGAGGAACAACGGAAGAAUGACUGCAAGAAAAGCAAGAAAUACUCCCGCCUUUCCUGUUUGCGCCGCCGUCGCCACCCCCAGAAGGUGGAUGAGAGUGACCUGAGUGAGGGCUUUGACUCUGACUCCAGCCAGGGCUCCAUAAAGGGCAGUGAUGGCUCAGAAAGUGGCUCAGAGAAGAGUGAUGAGGAAGCAGAAGCUGCUUUUGAUGUGGAGACGGACUCUGACAUGAACAGCCAAGAAUCUCGGUCCGACUUGGAGGACAUGGAGGAUGAGCCAGGUGAGGAGGGAAGCGGCCAAGGCAAAAGCGGGCCCAAAGAAGCCUUAAAAAACUGUGUGGAUGGCAGUGGGCUGGGGGACUCCAAGGGCCCAAGCAUCUCUAAAAUUGAGGCUCCAGAUCCAGCAGUCAAUGGGCCAGCUUCCCUGAGCACUAAUGAUGCAAGCAUAGCCAGUAAUCUCCAGGCCAUGUCCACCCAGCUGUUUCAGACCAAACGCUGCUUUCGCUUGGCUCCCACUUUCAGCAACAUCCUUCUGAAACCAAACAGUGAACCACGCGUCUUGAAGGAUGGAAUAGAAAGUAAGCCAUGUGUCAAUGGAGAUCUGGAGAAGCCCAGCUUGGUGGAGCAAGAUGAUGUAUCUGACUCUGAGGAAAGCAUUUCAAGUAACAAAUCCUGCAGGAAUGAGCGGUCCCUUCAGGAGAAGCUAGAGAUCGUGACCAACGAAGGGCUGCUUCUCACUGUCAAGGUGUUUCUGGACUGGCUGAGGACAAACACAGACCUCAUCAUCAUGUGUGCUCAGAGCUCUCAGAGCCUGUGGAACAGGCUGUCUGUGCUCCUGAACCUUCUGCCUUCUGCUGCAGACCUGCAGGAAUCAGGGCUGGCCCUAUGUAAUGAAGUCAAGGACAUUCUGAGUGGUGCUGAGCUCCCAGACCUGAAAGCCAACUUGCUGCUACCAGAAGAUGUGGCCUUGCGAAAUCUUCCCCCUCUGAAAAAUGCACACAAGAGGUUUAACUUUGAGCAGGACCGGCCCAUUUUCUCAGCAGUUGAGGAGUCUGUUGUUCGGAUUUGCUGCAUUCGGAGCUUUGGCCACUUCAUUACCCACUUGCAAGGCAGCAUCCUGCAGUUCAACUCAGAGCUUGGGAUCUUCAUCAGCAUAGCACAGUCAGAGCAAGACAACUUGCUGCACCAGGCCCAAGCCCAGUUUCACAUGGCUGCAGAGGAAGCUCGUCGGAACAGGCUAAUGAGAGAUAUGGCUCAGCUUCGACUGCAGCUGGAGGUUUCUCAGCUGGAGGGCAGUCUCCAGCAGCCCAAAGCACAGUCAGCCAUGUCUCCUUAUCUUGUCCCGGACACCCAGGCUCUCUGCCAGCACCUGGCUGUUGUCAAGCAGCUGGCCACCAGCGGGAGGUUCAUAAUCAUCAUCCCUCGAACAGUGAUCGAUGGCUUAGACUUCCUGAAAAAGGAGAACGCAGGUGCUCGGGACAGCAUCCGGUAUCUGGAGGCAGAAUUUAAAAAGGGAAACAGGUACAUUCGUUGCCAGAAGGAUGUUGGGAAGAGCUUUGAGAGACAUAAACUGAAGAGACAAGAUUUAGAUGCCUGGAAUCUCUAUAAAAUACUGGACAGCUGCAAACAACUGACAGUGUCCCAAGGAAGUGGAGAGGAUGACACCACAGGAAUGGUUACCAUCAUCACGGGCUUUCAGCUGGAGGACCCAAGCACGUUCUCAGUGCCCAUGCAGUCUGCCAUCCAGGCAGCCACCAAUGCCAGUGUAGAAAUAAAAAAUGUUCUGGAGUUCUACAAGCAGUGGAAAGAGAUGGGCUGAUGUUCAGAAAGGCAUCGGGUUGGUGUACCUUUCUCUCUCCCUCUUGGAACGUGCAGCGUCUGAACAAAGGAAACAAAAAUCCGGGUGACACUUAGACACGAAGAAGCAGCAGCAGCAACAAUAACAAAAAUAUCCACCAAAAAAAAAAAAUCCAAUUGGGCACGCACACAGACACCCUCCACCUGUAUCCCAACCAGACGGCUGUACAUAUCCGACGGCGCCAACUGCUCUGAGAAGAGAGAGGCACCUCGGCACGGCCGAGGCAGAGCUCUGCCCUUCUCCCAGUCGGCAGAGAUGGGCGAGAGACGGGCAGUCAUUCAUUCCCCCCUCAUUCCUCCCCAAAGCUUGCUUGGUCAUCUGAAAUGGGCAGGCAGCUUCUAAAGCGUGGACUUUACUUAAAUGAAACCAAACCAGCGCAGCAGAAAUGGGGCCCUCCUAGCUUGGGAAAGAAGAUCCAGAGAGUGUUUAGCUCUUGUUUGGCAAUCUGGUGACAGGAAAGCAGAUGAUAUUCUUCUUCUUUUU